CUGAAUGCACGAGGGAUGGCGAAGAAUUCCGAAGAGCUAGCGAUGCACUACCGAGAGCUCACGAAAGCUCGACCAGUCAGUGGAGAUCCGCAGAAAGUCAUAGAGAGUUAUGAUGAGUUAGCUGCAACUUAUGAUGAGCACUCCAAAUUUGUCGGGUACUCGGCACCGGCCGGAGCUUACCGAAGAUUACCCGAAGUAGUGCCGAACAAGCAGGCUUUGAUUCUUGAUGUCGGAUGCGGGACCGGAAUGCUUGGUGAAAUGCUUCAUAAAGACGGCUAUAGCAACCUCUACGGCCUAGAUCCAUCUGAUAAAUCCUGUGACGUAGCAAGGUCGAAAGGCUGCUAUGCGACCAUCAUUCAAGGUGUGGCAAGACCAGAGACACCAUUAAGUUUUGACGAUGGUUAUUUUGAUGCGAUAGUAAGCAGUGGAACAUUCCAACCAGGUCAUUGCGAUCAAAAUGAUAUCCCUGAACUUAUUCGGCUUUUACGAUCAGGUGGCUUCAUGGUGAUCUCGACCCGGAAGGCGUCCCUGAACGAGACAGAUAGCUACCGGGUCAAAAGCACACUCAAGCAUUAUGUGGAUACAUCCGUCUUAGAAGAGACUUCCUAUCAAGAGUUCAAUGACUACUUUGGGUUUGCUACCGAGGAUGUCACAGGAAUAGUCCUCACUUACAAGAAAAAGUGAACCAAAUUUUUGGAAGUAAAAGUCGA